ACGUAGUAGGAAAUUUCCAGGAAACGCGUUUUCGUUGACAAAAUUGUUUGUUGUGCCUUAUGGGUUACUGAACUAUUUAAAUUAAUUUUGAAAUGGAAAUUGCAAAACACAACACUAAUGAAUUAAUGCGACUUGAACCUGGCGAUUUGGUGGAAUUCAAACGAAGAGUUUAUUCUCACUGGGCAGUUUACAAAGGUGAUGAGGAAGUUAUUCAUCUAGCUGGGGAAGAAGGAGACGGGCUGGAUGUUAACGUUCAACAUUCAUUUACGAUCGGAGGCAAAAUGUUCAACAAAGCUUUUGUCAGGGUGGAUAACUUUUGGGAUGUUGUUGCUGGGUGUAAGGCAUACAAGAACAAUUCCAAGGAUAGAAAAUUAAGAGCUCUUUCGGGUGAUGAAAUUGUAGCAAGGGCACUGUCAAAGACUGGCGAGAUUGGAUAUAAUAUUAUGUUCAGUAACUGUGAACAUUUUGCCAGUUGGUGUCGAUACAAUAUUCAGAAAAGUGAACAGGUUGAAAGUUUCUUCACUGGUGUUCUAGUUGGUGUAGCAACAAUAGCAGCUGCAGGCUUGGCAGUUUUCUUUUCUGGCAACUCAGAACGGAAGAAAGAACAAAAACAAACACAGUGACCCAAAAUAUUUAUUAAGUUCAUUCAGGAAAUGCAACAGUGUUGGAAUUAUUUAUUUUAGGGUUUUUUUCACAUUCUAAAAUGUAUAAUAUCAGGCAUCGAAGUAAGCAAUGCAUCUGUUAACCCAUGUACUGAUUACCCCAAAAUACAGACCUAUAAAGUUUAGGUUACGACCCCUUUAUAUUUCCAUUAUUACUAUAAAAAUCCCUUCACAGAAACACUGAUACUUGUUAGUCAUUCAUACCACUGUUCUCACUAAACUGAUACUUGUUAGUCAUUCACACCACUGUUCUCACUAAACUGAUACUUGUUAGUCAUUCACACCACUGUUCUCACUAAACUGAUACUUGUUAGUCAUUCACACCACUGUUCUCACUAAACUGAUACUUGUUAGUCAUUCACACCACUGUUCUCACUAAACUGAUACUGUACGUGUAUUUGAAUAACAUUCAAUUCAUCAAAGUGUAAGUCAUGUAGUUUUUGUUAAUAAGAUUUUGUCCAGGACAAAGUAUCGUUCAUGACUUUCUUGACAUGUGGUAACCGGGACGACAAUCUCAACUUAUUUUCGAUGCCUGUUGUAGCAGUAUCUUGGUGGAGAUGCAUAUAUAUUUAAUCAAAUAAUUUAAGACUGAGUUUGCGUACACACACUGUGUUUUUAUAGAUGAAACCUCUUAGUGUGACCAGACUAUAUGUGCUUUGUCAAAAUGAAGUUUUUUCAGCAUAAUCCAAAAUUAAUGAGGUGAUUUUUAAAAUGUAUUUUGGUUGUGGUAAUCUAGAAACAGUGCUGGUAGCUUCAUGUGUAUGUAUAAUAAAAUAAGUUAUUUUUAUAUUUAUCUAUCUUUUUACAUAUUUAUGUGCUAUAUUUCCUAAUCUUUCAUUUAAAUAGUGGUGAUGGUGUUUGUGUGUGUAGGUGGCUGUGCGUACGUGCCUUCAUUGUGUGUAGGUGGCUGUGCGUACGUGCCUUCAUUUGUUUGUGGAUAUGAACACUAAACAGUGAUCUGUUAUAUUCAGCAUAGAUACAUUUUAAAUAUUUUUGAAGAUGAAACUUUAAUUGGUAUAAAAUUAUUUGCCAAUAUGUGUAAAAUAUCACAUUUAUAUUUCAUUUCAUGUCAGGGCUUCGAGAAUUGUUAUAAACUCCACUAGCCAUGGGGUCAGUGAUUAAAAUAAUUGACAAGCCACGAUUAAAAAUCCACUAGCCAUGGGGUCAGUGAUUAAAAUAAUUUUACAAGCCACAAUUAAAAAUUCACUAACCCUACUUUACUUUAAGUUAAUACAAUUUUGCUAAAUAAUAGUAAUAAUCAGAUAUGUCACCUAAAGAGGAAGAUAAAGCUUAAAAGCACUAACAUUAGUGGAUUGGGGUUGGGGCAGGAUAUUCAUAUUUACAAAAUAGACUUAACUGCAACAUUUGACUUUUGUUUUCACUAGCCAUCGGGCAUGGCAAUAGUAGUUAUUUACUAGCCCAACAUUGAAUAUCACUAGCCAUGGGAGUUGGGCUACCAUAAUCUAGAAACCCUGCAUGUUUUAAAAUGGUUAAUCGGUUGUGCUGUGACAUGAAACCAUUUUUAUAAGGCCUCUAUCACAGUGAUUUAAAACAAGCCCUGGCCAGUAAUAAACCAUUUUUAUAAGGGGGCACUCUAUCACAAUGAUUUAAAACGAGCCCUGGCCAGUAAUAAACCAUUUUUAUAAGAGGGCACUCUAUCACAGUGAUUUAAAACGAGCCCUGGCCAGUAAUAAACCAUUUUUAUAAGAGGGCACUCUAUCACAGUGAUUUAAAACAAGCCCUGGCCAGUAAUAAACCAUUUUUAUAAGAGGGCACUCUAUCACAGUGAUUUAAAACGAGCCCUGGCCAGUAAUAAACCAUUUUUAUAAGGGGGCCCUCUAUCACAGUGAUUUAAAACACGCCCUGGCCAGUAAUAAACCAUUUUUAUAAGAGGGCACUCUAUCACAGUGAUUUAAAACAAGCACUGGCCAGUAAUAAACCAUUUUUAUAAGAGGGCACUCUAUCACAGUGAUUUAAAACAAGCCCUGGCCAGUAAUAAACAAUUUUUAUAAGAGGGCACUCUAUCAGUGAUUUAUAACAAGCCCUGGCCAGUAAUAAACCAUUUUUAUAAGAGGGCCCUCUAUCAGUGAUUUAUAACAAGCUCUGGCCAGUAAUAAACCAUUUUUAUAAGGGGGCCCUCUAUCACAGUGAUUUAAAACAAGCCCUGGCCAGUAAUAAACCAUUUUUAUAAGGGGGCCCUCUAUCACAGUGAUUUAAAACAAGCACUGGCCAGUAAUAAACCAUUUUUAUAAGGGGGCACUCUAUCAGUGAUUUAUAACAAGCCCUGGCCAGUAAUAAACCAUUUUUAUAAGAGGGCACUCUAUCACAGUGAUUUAAAACGAGCCCUGGCCAGUAAUAAACCAUUUUUAUAAGGGGGCCCUCUAUCACAGUGAUUUAAAACAAGCCCUGGCCAGUAAUAAACCAUUUUUAUAAGGGGGCCCUCUAUCACAGUGAUUUAAAACAAGCACUGGCCAGUAAUAAACCAUUUUUAUAAGGGGGCCCUCUAUCAGUGAUUUAUAACAAGCCCUGGCCAGUAAUAAACCAUUUUUAUAAGAGGGCACUCUAUCGCAGUGAUUUAAAACAAGCCCUGGCCAGUAAUAAACCAUUUUUAUAAGAGGGCCCUCUAUCAGUGAUUUAUAACAAGCCCUGGCCAGUAAUAAACCAUUUUUAUAAGAGGGCCCUCUAUCACAGUGAUUUAAAACGAGCCCUGGCCAGUAAUAAACCAUUUUUAUAAGGGGGCCCUCUAUCACAGUGAUUUAAAACGAGCCCUGGCCAGUAAUAAACCAUUUUUAUAAGGGGGCCCUCUAUCACAGUGAUUUAAAACGAGCCCUGGCCAGUAAUAAACCAUUUUUAUAAGGGGGCCCUCUAUCACAGUGAUUUAAAACAAGCCCUGGCCAGUAAUAAACCAUUUUUAUAAGGGGGCCCUCUAUCACAGUGAUUUAAAACAAGCCCUGGCCAGUAAUAAACCAUUUUUAUAAGGGGGCCCUCUAUCAGUGAUUUAUAACAAGCCCUGGCCAGUAAUAAACCAUUUUUAUAAGAGGGCCCUCUAUCAGUGAUUUAAAACUAGCCCUGGCCAGUAAUAAACCAUUUUUAUAAGGGGGCCCUCUAUCAGUGAUUUAUAACAAGCCCUGGCCAGUAAUAAACCAUUUUUAUAAGAGGGCCCUCUAUCAGUGAUUUAAAACUAGCCCUGGCCAGUAAUAACCCAUUUUUAUAAGAGGGCCCUCUAUCACAGUUUAGUUCGACGUAAAAAGAAAAGUAAAAGUGUUUUAGAAAUAACAAAAAUAAUACUAUUUUUGUGUGCAAUUUAGAAAAUAAUGGGCUCAGAAAUAAAUAGCUUGUAGUAAGUUCUAUAGUAUGCAAAAGACGUUCCCUUUGCUAAUGACUAUAGUCUUCCAUUUUCAACUUGCAUUUCCUUCAAAGUCGGAGCACACAAUUCACAAUCAUUUUUCAUCAUUUCAGUUUGGUAGAUGAUGUAAUCAGGGGUUGAAAUAAUUUGGCAAAUCAAUAGGGCAGGGUCAUUUGGCUUAGACCGAUGGAGAUAUUUCGAGGGCAUUACGGCCAGAAGGCGGGGCAACAAGACAAACUUCAACAAGUGUCUAAAUAUAACACAACAGCACCCAUUCAGAAUUUUAAACAAAGUCUGAAGGGUUUUAUGUUUUGGUUAUGCACAACUUUCACGAGUCUUCUUUGAGUAUGAUGGCCAAUUAGUGACAUGGAAAUAAGGCACAGACAGUUUGACCUCAAGGCUCUGUUUAGUUUUCAAGGGCAUUGGCACUUACGAUUAGGGCAUUAGGCCACCUAUUUUUCUAUUAAAUGGUUUACGGAUUUUUUCCCACAAAAUAUAUGUAGGUGGUCGAAAUAAAAAUAAAAAUAAAAGUUUUGGAUCCAU